AUGGAUCUGUGUCUGGAUGGAUUUGACGACUUGGGCUUGGAUAGUCUCGGCCCCUCGCGGGGCUGGUCCAUGAAGCGCGGCCACCGCCAGCGACUGGACGCUGCGAGCUGCCGGAACCCCAAGAAGAUGGGGAAGGCAAGUGCGGAGGUCGGAUUGGGCCGAUCGGCCGUAAAGCGCAGCGUGAACUCUGGCAGCCGCAAUUCGUGGCGGGAUCGCAAGUAUGAUCCGCAGACCCGCCGCAACAACUUGAGACGUUGGAUGCGCGAGGCAGUGUACGAAAGUGAGGAGCUGGAAAGCGACUGGGAGAACUGCAUGAUUCUGUCUUUGGAGCAUGUUGGUUCGCUGGAGGCCAAGUGGGAGGAUCUGGAGGUGGCAUCGGUCUGCUCCUCUACCACAGCAGGCUUCGACACCGCUUCCACUGCUUCGGACUUUGGCUGGGAGUUCCUUGAGCCAUCCACGCCGAGCUGUCCCUCCACUCCCAAAAUCGACAUCUCCCCAUGGCAGGCGGCCCUGCGCCGGGCGGAGCGAGGGGCCAAGGAGUAUGCGGAGCAAUCAGGAUGUGCAGCAAUCACGGGAAUCGGAGAACGUCAAGGAAGGAGGCGUUUCAAGCGAGCUAACGUCAGGCACAUUGAAAGGAUCCAUGCCGAGAAGCAGAAGCUAGCAGCGGAGCUGAGGAGCAAGUACCAAGUGAACCUUGACUAUGAUCUGCCGUCGGCAGGACCUACCACACCGUUCGAAAAGCUUCGAUGGAAGUUUUUGAAGGACCACGCCAAAGCCUUCUGCGCUUCUCUUUCUGUCCACUACUUGAGUUGCGGCUGGCAGUGGAACUUGAAGCCCACCCCCUUGCCUCAAGCUGUGGAGGACAGAUUUCUGAGUGCCUGCGCUCGAGCAAGGGAAGGCGAGCUGCAGCCGGCUCUUCACGGCACACACGAGUCCAACCUGUCCUCCAUCUAUUCCCAGGGUCUUCUGAUCCCUGGACAGGGAGGCAACAGUGUGAGGAUCGUGAACGGAGCCCUGUCGGGUGUUGGAAUCUACACAGCCUACGUCAACUGUGCAAGCUUGUCCUGGCCUUAUGCCCGUGGUGAAUCUAGGCCAGUACUUGUCUGCGGCGUUUUGGAUCCACUUACGAGAAAGAGAAGUCGCGAGCACAAGCCAAGCCUGGUGAACUACACUCCUUCAGCUCGCAUCUUCUUCAAGGAUGAUCUCGUUUCGCCACUAUUCGAGGCAUCCCUUGGCAGCAUUCCCGCUUCUAGCUGCACUCCGCCAACGCCCGUUGCAGCAGUCCCUCCCAGAAUCCUUCCACCUCCAACCAAAGCAAAGGCGCUCGGGCCUCGGACGCGGCUCAGGUCCACCGUGACGGUUUUGAACUCUGCACGGGCCUUCCUGGCCCGACGUGCAGCGCGCAAGCGUCAAACGUGA